GCAGCCUACAUGGUGUCAUUGUUAUCGAUCGUGUCAUGGGACAUCACCCCACCCCCGUCACAGUUCCAAGCAAUAACCGCAAAUAUGCGAUGAGAGAGAGAGAGAGAGAGAAAGCUGCAUCGGCCUAUCAGUCACAAAUAGAUCGGGCAAUCGCGUUUAAUCGUUUCGUUCAUGUUGGACCAGGUGUAUCGAUCCCAACCGGUCCGAAGAGAAAGUUGGCCUAUCAGUCACAAAUAGAUCGGGCAAUCGCGUUUAAUCGUUUCGUUCAUGUUGGACCAGCUUUCACGGGAGACUCAACUGAGUCACCCGUUUAUGAUGUCCUGCAACUGAAUGUGCUGCACACAGACCGCCUCAUGAUUCAGUUGGUAGGAUAUUCGAGAUAUCGCAGUAUAUUUUCACAAAGGAAACUACUCACAAGUUUGCUGAAAACUCUUCGACAGUCCACGACCGGUUUCUCCCUUCUUGGGCUGUCGAAAAGUCUUCAACAUCACAAAUUCCUUCAUUGGAAUUUAGCUUUCACGGGAGACUCAACUGAGUCACCCGUUUAUGAUGUCCUGCAACUGAAUGUGCUGCACACAGACCGCCUCAUGAUUCAGUUGGUAGGAUAUUCGAGAUAUCGCAGUAUAUUUUCACAAAGGAAACUACUCACAAGUUUGCUGAAAACUCUUCGACAGUCCACGACCGGUUUCUCCCUUCUUGGGCUGUCGAAAAGUUUUCAGCAACUGAAUGUGUUGCACCAGGCCGCCUCAUGUUUCAGUCGCUACGAUAUUCGAGAUAUCGCGAUAUAUGUAUAUGUUUGUAAUGUACUACUCAUAAGGUUGCUAAAAUUCCUCGGAACGGUAAACUUGGGGGGGGGGGCGAGAUGGCCCAAGUGGUUAGAACGCGGAUUUACUGACCGGAAGGCUCGUGGUUCGAACCCGAUCUCUGCCUCUCGACUUCCCCUGUUUCGGCUUGGGCCACUUGGCACGAUAUUCGAGAUAUCGCAGUAUAUUUUCAUAAAGGAAACUACUCACAAGGUCGCUGAAAACUCUUCUACAGCCCACGACCGGUUUCGCCCUUCUUGGGGCUCAUCAGUUAGUUUCCUUUAUGAAAAUAUACUGCGAUAUCUCGAAUAUCGUGCCAAGUGGCCUGUGUGCAGCACAUUCAGUCGUAGAAUAUCAU